CACAGGUUCCGCUCCCGCCGCCGCCAUUCCCGGCCCGUCCUGGCCAUGUACCGGCCGGGAUUCCGCGCACCGACACCUCCCUACGCGGGCGGCGGCUUCCGGAGCCCUCCCUCCGGCGGAGGACCCCUGCCGCCCUCUCCGCGGGGCUACGGGAGCCCCCACCACACGCCGCCCUACGGCCACCGGCCCGGGCCCUACGGCAGCGGCCUGUCGCCCCGCGGCGCCGGGUUCCACGGGCGCUUCGGGAGCCCCUCGCCGGGGGCGCAGACCCCGCGCAGGCCGCAGAGCGUCAGCCCCCGGUACCCGGCUCCGUACGGCGGCGCGUCCCCGGCCGGGGCGCCUCUGCACCCGCCGCCGCAGCACAAGCGCUCGCCCGGCGGCUUCCAGAGGCACUUCCAGGGAUCACCCAGGACAUCUACUCCAUUUGGUACAGCGCAUGGCAGAGAGAAAAGAGUCUCUAAUGAUGUGGAAAACUAUUACAGACCUUCAAUGCUUGAGGACCCAUGGGCUGGCCUAGAGCCAGUGUCUGUUACAGACAUAAACCAGCAAUACAGCAGUGAGCAGACAACAUGCACUGGCAAAAAAGGGAGGUAUUUCAGCUAACACUUUUAAAGGCCAAACAAUUCCAUCUUGUCAGGAAAACUUUGGGACAGAAUCUUUACACUUACACAAGAUGAACAAUAAUCAAGACCUUAGAUAAUACUUUUAUUUCAUCACAUGUCCACCCUUUUAUCCUACCUUUUUUAUUGCAUUGGAUAUUUUUAUGUAUGGGAGGCAAAAGGAGUGAUAGGAAAACUUACAUUUCUGGCUAUGUGGAAGUGCCUACCAGCUCUGAAGAACAGUGUUCUUUAAUCACCAGCGACUGAUUUGUGACUGUUAAAGCAAGUUUCCAUAUACUUACCUCUCCAUGCCAGACUGUUAGCCUUCUAUUGUAAAGUCUUUUAGGAAGUGGUAUUUUUUAUGUUUCAACAUUUUUAGAUUGAAAUAACUUGGAAAUAAAAUAAAGUUUUGUAAAUCCUUGUUUUGUAAUGUAUAAAGAAUAUUUUAGGAGCUUUGUUAAGGUGAACACAUUAACACAGUAAUUCACAACACUGAAAUUAGGUGACUUCUGUGUGUUUGUAUGCUGUAGUUAACAUCUGGUUUUGUGCAUAAUAAUUUUUGUUAAUUGCAGUGUAAUGUGAAAUCAAAACAUGACUUAUAGCCAUCUCAGGAAACAAAUGUAUUGAUUUUGGAAAGUUUAAUUUGUUGAACAAACUCAAGUCACAAACUUAAUUCUGGAAUUACUUGCUUUUGUGUUCAAAAAUAUAUAUAUUUGGAUCCGUAUUAGAAAUUUGUGGAUUAUAGUAACAAGUCUGCUCAUUGACAGUUUAAGUCUAAAGAACACAUAAAACAUCAAGCUUAAGUAAAUGCAAAUUUUCUUUCUGGAUCCACCUGCUAGUAUAGUACAGAAUGAGUGACAGUUUUUGUUACACACUUGACAUUAGUACAUGCAUAGCAUCUUUUUUUAACCCAUUUUAUAUUUUUCAAUUAUUUUUUAUUUUUGCUUAGAGCAGGCAUCAUUGCCAGGAGAAUUGAUUUGUGUGUGUACAUGCUAUAUUUUUAUACUGAAGAGGAAAGCAAUGCUUUGGGUUUUUUAGAGCUUGUCUUUACAUGGAAGAUCCAUGGUUAAAUUCAGGAGUGAAUAUCAUAAUCUAGAAUAAAAAAGACAUAGUUCCAGCUGCAGGCAUGUUCUUAACUUGCCAUGUUACAGCUGCAGUAGUUAGAUAAAUUUGUUGUUGAACUUAACACUAUUUGUUUGUUGAUCUUGGCUUUUAAACCAAGGUAGAGUGUAAAAUCUUUGUUAGAUAAAACCAUUAGUUUCAUUUUCAAAAUACAUGUGUUCUUUUAAGCUUCUUAUGUACUCAAAAUUUAUUUUUGUAGUCCUGAGGCAGGAUUAGGUAGAGAAGCACAGGAAAUCCCAUUAAACUGUUCUUAGUAGCUUGUCUAUGGCUGAGGUAGAAUUGUCCUCUGUACUCUUUACCUGUUUCAGCAUAAGAUGUGUUAGGUUAAUACUGCCUUCAGGAACAACUUCAGACUGUGAGGGGAGCUUAAUAUGUUCAAAUGUUCUGAGUUUCUUGUACUCUUAGGGCCACAGUCUAAAGUAUGUCACUU